AUGGAUGUCUCUAGAUCCAAACAAAUACAUAAAGGGAAAAUACGGCGAUUGUUUUCUUGUUUCUCUUGUACCCGAGAUCAAAGGAAACGCAAGCAUAAAUCUCAUGAGCUGGAAAAAAACCUGUGUAGAGAAAAUAAGGCAUUGAGAGAUGAAAACAAGGCUCUGAGAAAAGACAACAAAUUCCUAUGGGGGGAAAACAAAGCCUUAGGAAGAGAAAAUAAAACAUUUCGGAUGGACAACCAAUUCAUCAGGGAAAGGAAUCAUAUCUUAAGGCAACAGAACCAGCUACUCCGGAAGGUGAAGAAGUUGAUUUUAGAGAACCAAAAACUCUCAGCCGAAGAGCUCAAUGCCUCGAACUCAGAAAGAAAGUCUUACUGGCAACAGAAUCGAGCCAUGGAGGCUCAGAUCACAGCUCUCAGGCAGCAAGAGAAAGCCUUCCAGAAUGAGACUAAGGCUCUGCAUGAGGAGAUCAAGUCCCUGCGUGAAGAGACCAAGGCUCUCCAGCACCAGGAGAGGGCUCUCAGAAUGGAAGAAAAAGCCCUCAUGAGGACUGGAGUGGCAGGGGAGCUGCAGGAGGCCUUGACAAAGGAGGGAGCUGCUCUGGAGAAGGAAGAGCAGGCUUUGUGGAAGGAAGAGCAGGCUCUUCGGGAAGAGAACAAGGCACUGAGAGAAGAGCACUGGGCUCUACAAGAUGAGGAAGUCGCCCUUCAGGAAGAGGCAAGGAUCCUGCAAGAGUGGAAUAAUAUUCUUCAGGGGAAGAUCACGAACAACUUCCCGGGGCAAACACACAAAGAUGACCAGGAGAAGAAAUGUGACCUAGGAAUGUAA